GAUCUCUGAGACUCUAAUACUAUGGCUACUGCUGGGAACCAGAAUUCGGCAGCCUCGCAAGGUGCAACUUCGAGCACCCAAUCUAAACCCAACAAUGCAACCAAAGUAAAAGAUCCUGAAGCCCCCCAAAGCCAUGACGAGAGAAUCACCGUUAUCGAUAUCGAUCUGAACCGGAAAUACAAUUCUGUGAAAGGGACGAAAAUCUACGGAGACAGUUUCAACGACUUGGGUCGUGAUGGCGAAUCUCGACAGCCUUUAAAAGAGCAGCCUCACAACAGUCUUCGCAUAUUCUCUUGCCCGAAUGUAAAAUCUGGAGAAAGCGUUCUCGAAUAUCUGUCUGAUGAUAAAUUACAAUUCGAUACACCGCCGUACAGUGUCUCCCAGCUAUAUCGCUGGGCGGCAUUGUCUUCGCAGGGGGCUGAGAGUGAUGGUUGGUUUCGAUAUUCGUUUACCACCGCGCAUAUGUCUCCAGAACGCACUAGGGCAGUAGUGUUCUUUUCAACUGAGCAUAUUCAGCUAAAGCGAUGUGAAAAUGGGCAGUACACUCUUGUGUGGACCACCGAGGAAUCCCCCUACAAAUAUCGUCCACAAAAAGUAGAGAAAACUCGCAUAGACUUUGUUAAUCGCCUGAAUACAAGAAGCACCCUUUGCCAGGAUGAUGCGACGAACGAUCAGGUCUUUGUCAAACUCCUUCUAUUGGAUAUCUUGAAGAUGGACGUAGAUCAGUUCGAGCAAUUCGAAAUCCAAUUUCGGGAUCUUUACACGCGUCCAGAUACAAGUAAAUCUGGACUUUGGAGCAUCAACAACCAAUCUGAUAGACUCUUGCUCCUUGGACUUCAUCCCUCGCGGCCAGUUAAGCGUCUCGUAGAGAAAUGCGAAGAUAUGAAGGACAAUCUCGACCGCAAGUUCCUAGAAGAAAUAGUAUCCAGUGCCGUUGCAUCUUUAUCCCCAGCGCCUUCUUACACCCUUCAAAUCAUGCGCCUACAAAGCUCCAGCUUCCUUAAACAAUUUUCAAGAGUCGAUGCGACAAUCCAGGAUCUCCUCUCCUACGACACAGCAAUCUCCACCAAGCAACAAUCAUCCAGUCUUUUCAUCCUCACCUUCAUCACCGCCAUCUGCCUCCCCUUCUCCCUUGCAGCAUCAACACUAAGCAUGCAAUAUCAAUUCCACGAUAUUCUCCCCAAGCUCCGCGACAUGGUCAUCUUCGCGUUCGUACUGGCAUGCAUUAUGCUCAUAUUCUACAAAGGCUUCGACCUAUUCCUUCACAUCAAGCGAUACGUAUUCCAGGUCCGCUUCAUUCGGACACGGUUCUACAGGACAUUGUUACCACUGGUUUUCAUAGGCUGCUGUAUCAGUUUCCUCGCGCAGUAUAUCAACAUUCUGAGGAACGAUCCGUCGACGAUAGGGAACGGGCUGUUGGUGAGUUAUUGUUUGAUGUUUUUCGGGUAUAUGAUUUUUCUUGUUGUUGGGCUGGAUGUUAUUUAUUUGCUUCUUCAUGCGUGGUUUACUUAUCGGUCGAGGAAUAGACCAGAGGACUAGUCUAGUUGAUAGUAAAAGUAUUUGUAUAAUUGUAAGCAUGCUUCUAGCAAACUAUGGUGGCGAUACAGCACCCUCUCUAGGUAGCAACCCAUCACAUUGGAUAUCGAUGUCACUUUCAGGGAACGGCUGAACAACUUGACCCUCCCACCCGAUAAGCACAGCAUCGCCCUCCGGCUCGUAGGCAUCCCACCCCAAUUCAGGUAGUCCGUUAAUUGGAUCUUUCGCAAA